AUGUUCCUCUUCCCUCCCUCCUUCAUCUGCUGCUGGUUAUUAACCUAUAUUCAAUUUUUGUCUGACACUCCAAACUCCCUCUAUGUAGUUGUUCUUUCAUCUUCAUUCCUCUCUCUAUAUAUUUGCUUAUUUAUCUUCAUUCCCUGUCCCCCUCUCUCUCUCUCUUGUUUGUUCAUUCAUUUUCAUUCCUCUCUUUCUCUCUAUGUAUUUGUUAUUUAUCUUCAUUCCUCUCUCUCUUUGUAUGUAUUUCUUUAUUCAUCUUCAUUCCUCUCUAUCUAUCCCUUUCUAUUUGUUUAUUCCUUUUCAUUCCCUACAUAUUUGUUUAUUUAUCUUCAUUCACCCCUCUCUCUCUCUCUAUGUAUUUGUUAUUUAUCUUCAUUCCUCUCUCUCUUUGUAUGUAUUUCUUUAUUCAUCUUCAUUCCUCUCUAUCUUUCUCUCUAUAUAUAUGUUCAUUCAUCUUUAUUCCUCUCUCUCUCUCUCUCUCUGUAUUUGUUGUAA